GUGCCCCUGUGGCGUAGGACCUCGUCCCGUCGCGAUUCACCGCGAGGCGGGGCCUGUUCCUGAGGGGCUUCGGCUGUCAGUAUAGACAUGGGGGCCGGCCGCACGGGGGCUGUGCUUGCCGCCCUGGGAGUGCUUAGUGUCUGUGCGGCUAGCGGCUCAAGACCCGUGGCGGAGGGGGAGACCGGCGGGGAGGUGGAGUGGGCGGAGCCGUGGGACGGCGCAGUUUUCCGGCCUCCCUCCGCACUGGGCGCAGUGGGGGUGGCGCGUGGUCCGGGGACCCUGCGGCCGGGGAUUGGGGAGGCGGUGGACCUGCCGGUGCUGCUAUGGUGGAGCCCAGGGCUGUUUCCUCACUUCCCGGGCGACUCGGAGCGCAUCGAGUGCGCGCGCGGCGCGUGCGUGGCGUCCCGGGACCGACGGGUGCGGGGAGACUCGCGGACGCGCGCCCUGCUCUUCUACGGCACCGACUUCCGCGCGUCCGAAGCGCCGCUGCCGCGCUUGGCGCACCAGAGCUGGGCGCUCCUGCACGAGGAGUCGCCCCUCAACAACUUCUUGCUGAGCCACAGUCCGGGCAUCCGCCUCUUCAAUCUUACCGCCACCUUCAGCCGUCACUCGGACUACCCGCUGCCGCUGCAGUGGCUGCCCGGGACCGCCUAUCUGCGCCGCGCGGCGCUUCCGCUCCCGGAACGCGCGGACUGGCGCCGCCGGGGCUACGCGCCGCUGCUCUAUCUACAGUCCCACUGCGACGUGCCUGCGGACCGGGACCGCUACGUGCGCGAGCUCAUGCGCUACAUCCCGGUGGACUCAUAUGGGAAAUGCCUGAAGAAUCGGGAGCUGCCCACGCCGCGGCUACAGGACACAGCCACAGCCACCACUGAGGAUCCAGAACUCUUGGCCUUCUUGUCCCGCUAUAAGUUUCAUUUGGCCCUCGAAAAUGCCAUCUGUGACGACUACAUGACGGAAAAACUGUGGCGCCCCAUGCACCUCGGUGCUGUGCCUGUGUACCGCGGCUCUCCCUCUGUGAGGGACUGGGUGCCCAACAAUCACUCCAUCAUCCUCAUUGACGACUUUGAGUCGCCGCAGAAGCUGGCAGAGUUUAUUGACUUUCUGGACAAAAAUGAUGAGGAAUAUAUGAAAUACCUGGCAUACAAGCAGCCUGGGGGCAUCACCAACCAGUUCCUUCUGGAUAGUCUGAAGCAGCGGGAGUGGGGAGUGAAUGAUCCUUUACUGCCUAACUACCUUAACGGCUUCGAGUGUUUCGUCUGUGACCACGAACUGGCUCGGCUGGAUGCCGAGAAGGCCCAUGCAGCCUCUCCUGGGGACAUCCCUGUCCCUGAGCCUCAUAUUGCCCAGCCCUCACACAUGGACUGCCCAGUGCCCACACCUGGCUUUGGCAGUGUGGAAGAGAUUCCUGAGAAUGACAGCUGGAAAGAGAUGUGGCUGCAAGAUUACUGGCAAGGCCUGGACCAGGGGGAAGCUCUCACUGCCAUGAUCCACAACAAUGAGACACUGCAGAGGAAAUUUUGGGAUUACCUAACUGAGAUCUUCAUGAAAAGGAACCAAAAUCUCUAAUUAUGCUUGCAAGAGUCCUUAACUUGAUAGAGCUAAGGAGAUGGAAGGUCCUUAUUCUACCAUGGGACAUGAAGGGUAUCUGCUACGCAAGUUCUUAAUGAACACUGUCUUACCAUGAAUUCAAAGAAUAAGUUAUAUCUACUGAUAUUUUAUCCUAAAGAUGUGUAGCCAGGGUCUCAGCCUAUGGUAAUAGGACCUCUCUUCAAGGAGAGAUGGAGGCAUCCAGUUCUUGGUUUAGUGGGAACCAGAAGCCUGAAACACCCAUUUGAUUAAAGGUGCUGAUCAACAAAAAUUUUAAAGAACUGCUUAUUUCUUUAGCCAUAUCAUCCUCUCAGUCCUGAUUGGCACAACACGUUAGUACUUGGUUGUGAAUGAGGUAAGAUGGGCCAGGUUUAGCAUCUUUAGAAAACUACUGUGCUAUUCCUCAAACCACUCAUUAUUCAGUACCUUUCCCAAUCUCUUUUCCUCAUCUCUUGCUUUAUAAACUGUUAUGUUGGUGGUGAAGCAAAACUCCUGGUGGGUUGUAUUCUGGC